AUGUUCAGAGCCAAGGCAAAAGCUCCACCACCAUCAUCAUCCGGCGGAAAGGCUGCUAAGAAGAAGAAGUGGUCGAAGGGAAAGGUCAAGGACAAGGCCCAGCACGCCGUCGUCUGUGACAAAGCUACAUUCGACCGUAUCAUGAAGGAAGCUCCCACCUGGCGUCUCAUCAGCCAGAGUAUUCUCAUUGAGCGGUUGAAGGUCAAUGGAAGUUUGGCACGCGUUGCCAUCAGACAUCUGGAGAAGGAGGGCUUGAUCAAGCGCAUUGUGCACCACUCUGGUCAACUCAUUUACACUCGGCUGACAACCGCAUCGGACUAG